UGUACAAACCUGCCUCGUUUUAGCAGUUAACUGGAAAAAAUCGUCUGCCACCAGUCAAGUAAUACAAGUUCGUGAAUAUACUUACUCUCUGUAUGACUGUCUCUGUGAGUGAGCAAUAGAGGCGAGUGUCAAAAGAGACAAAUAAUUGUAUGACUUUCAUGAUCACGAAUAACGAAAUGUAACUGCCCGCUGAAGUCAAGAGAGAACUACACACUAUUAUCACGGACUAAUUUACAAUAAACUGAGGCGUAUGUGAACUUAGGCAGCUUUGAAUGCCAUCUUCCAAACAAACGUACCUAUUGGUCUGAAAUAAAUAAUGACGUAUUUUGCUUGUUUACAAGUCGCUCAAAGCCUUCGCUUGCUGAAUUCUUCGACGUCAUUAUAAUUAUGACGUAAAAAUUGAGUGAUUAAAAAAUGGUUUGAUGUUCAAGAUGGCGAGUGGCCAGAGACACGACACCAUGUUGGAAAACUAAAAACUGACUCGAAAUGUUUAGAAAUGGUUUUACAGCGGUAAACGAGUCGCAAACAAGAGCCAAACAGGUUUGCCAAACCGUUUUGCAGUGUAGGUCACGCGGCAAACAGGAAAAACAGAGCUGUUUUGGACAAUUUUUGCCUUUCGCGUUUCUCGUGUGUUCGAGCCUUUACAAGCCUUCAAUGAGAGCAAAAGCUUCCCUUCCAGAAAUACUCCACGUCUUUUCAAGGCACGACCACCGUACCAUGGCUCGCUCUCUGCCGUCUGUAUCUCUCUGACCUAAGAUGUAGUUUGCGCAGGACAUGAGGACAGGGGAGGGAGGCAACCCGGAGUGAGUUAACUAGAUUGCCUUCCGACAAACUCCUGACCACAAUAUGGGAGUGUUGUCUGAUUGUUCAGUACCAUGUGAUGUACAAGUGUGACAACAUUCACUGUUGUGUACUUUGCCAUGCAGAGCGUCAGGAGGACAUGGUCUUAGAGAAGAUUGUCUGAGAUCUCGUGUAUCUGUUACCAGCGCGGUUUCCAGGAACCCUCGAAAGUAAUGCAAUUGUAGAAGAGAAGGACCGGUUACUUGUAAAUAUUAAAGAAAACUGUAUCUACUGAACAUCGCAGUCCCUAGUGACAAGAUCAACAUUUUGUCUGUGCUGAAACGUUACUUAAGCAGUUUUAAACACUUGACUGAACUAGGUAAGUGAGCGAGUCUUUAUAGUUGAGAGACCAGUUACUUUAAUGAAGACUAAAACAAUACUUUGUCAAAACUAAAAAAUAAAAGGCUUUCAUAAGACCAGGUUAAUUUUGUUUCAACAUAUUGAGCGAAGGGAAACAUCGGAAAAGAAGCUUUUUUUUUCACAUAUUUCUUUAACAGAACUGGCUUCGACUUGUUCUAAACUCAAUUUUUCUGUAGGUAAAGUAACAAACAUCUGUUACGUGUUAAGAUGGUCUUCGACGGUGCUGUACAUCCUGUAGUUUGCCAUUUCCUUUCAAGCAACAGAUAUAACAAGGGCAGGGCCAAAGUCCGCUUUGAUUUUAUAACAGCACAUUCUUGUAAAAUAGACGCAAAUUAAGAAGACAUGGACGAGAAUUACAAUGUUCACCUUUGUUGCCUGGCUAUAUAAAUAUGCAUUGUAAAGUAGGUACGGCGUUGUAAAGAAAAAAGUGAGUUAUUGCGAGUUAUUUGUUUAGUCAGAAGUGUUCUUAAACUUAUCUAGAAACAAGAGUUACAUCUCGGCAUUUUGAAGCUUCUCCUCGUCAGACCGACCUUCAAAUGACGGGUUGAAGUGUCUGGAAAGUACGAGCCAUAAUCAUGGGUCACACAGAGAGCGGGAUGGUCCACUUUACUCGCUCACCUGUUCACAAAGUCCACCAGGACGUCAGGUGCUUUGGUGAGAGAUGAAAGAUAUGGCUCUUUGUGAUGGGUGAAUGGAGAAGCUUCCUAAGGUUGAUCGAAUCUAAAUACUUCUUUUGUUGGGAAUCUUAGAAAAGAAAUGAAUAGAAAACACUUUCUUUUGAAAGAGAAUGCCUAAAAAUCUGGAUCUGCCAAUGCGCACUCAAAAGGAAAAGCAGACGGGCAGAUGUUACCUUCCUUAGGACCACGUGAUCAUUCAGCAAUUCAGUAGAAAUGUAAAUCUGUGGUAACAAGCGAGGGAACUAAGAAACCGUUUCUUUCCUACCCUUACCCUGUACCCUCACUGCCUACGUUCACUCAGUUAUAAUACUUUGAAAGAACAUGCAUCUUUAAAGAAAACCCAUGAAGACAUUGAAAGCGGUGCCACACAAACAUAUCUUCCAAGCGGAACAAAGUAUUGGUUGUUCGGUGAUUAUAAAUGUGAGAACGUGGAGGAGAUUUCAAAUUCAGACAGUAUCAUAAAUAGAUGCGUUUCGGUAGUCACUGUACACCGGCCCAUGAUGCCUCGUUCUAGUUUCAAGAUGGCGCUUGCGUCAAUAAGGUCCAUGGGGUGGGGGAGUGAUUGAGGAGACCGCUGAUCCAUGACAGUGGAGUUUAUGAGGUUCUAACGAGCAGUUUACUCAGAAAACGUACGACUAUAAAAUUUACUGAUGUUGGACGACCACAUCAUCUCCGGCUGUAGGGCGUCUUGCUUAAGAUAGCCAGUCAGGUGAGAUAAUGCAGCACGUGCGAUGAUUAGCAAUGGAUUGAAAACACUGUUAAUCAGAGCAAUAGGUCUAGAACAUAUGCAAUAAUCACUAUCAUUCUUCUAAACACUCAUCCCGAGCAGGAUUCACGUACAGCGUACAACCCACGACCAUGCCGCAGAAUUGUUUUCCCCACCAAAAAAAACCCAAAAACAAACAAAAAAAAAAAAAAAAAAAAAAAAAAAAAAAACAAACCAAGGGUAAGAAAAUUGUAGUCAAUCAAACAGCGUUGAAAAAUGUGUGAAAAAUUAGUAUUACUUUUGUUAAGAAUGGGUGAUGUUGUAGUGCAAUGGUAAGAGCGGGGAUUAUUAAAACUCGUUGUUUCGAUUCUUGCGAGAAAGUGGGUUUUUAUUAUACGUGUUUUAUUUGUUCUUUUCCGGUUAGUUUUAUAUACGAUUUUUGUUUCUUUUGAGACCUCUCUUUUUAGCUGUCUAGCCGUUACGUGGUUAGCUUUGAGGUUAGUCUUAUGGUUGCGAUUUGACUUAGAGUUUGGGUUUUGGUUAGAGUUUGGAUUAGGGUUUUUGGGUUUGGGUUAGGUAGUGGGCUAGACCUGUUGUUAGAGCUGUCCACAUAAAAAUUGUGUGUGUAUAUAUAUAUCACAAACAAUUAACUUGAAUUCACUAAGCCUUGUUUACUGGCUUGCUGGUUAAGCCGUGAGUGGUGUAAUACAUUAUUGUGCCUUGAUUAGCUAAUGUUUUUCUGCCCCUAUUAUUUUAGUCUGGGACACAUAAUUUCACCUCCCUUUGCGGUGUUGAACCGUGCAUGAUAAAACACAUUUUUUCGUGUAUUUUGAUUGGUUUUAACCUUCCUGUCCGCAUUCACGGUAGGUCAUUGGCUUACUGGGGAGACUUUUCGGGUUAUCGUAUUACUUCUGCAUUUUAUCCUAUCAUCGUGUUAUCGCCAUCAUCACCAUGCGUCUCAUCAGGACAGCGGGUCAUCAUUGUACGUCGCCGAUCAGGGUAGCAGUCCCCGCUGUAACGACCUCGAGGACGACGGACUUGAUACCCGACGUUGUGACCACAGAUAAGUGGCAGUAACGCGGCAAUGUUCUUAAUCCAGGUCACUCACCGUGGGACGCUGCAGAAGAACUCAGAUUUUUGUAUAUCAUCCGUCAUUGGAACAGUUCAGGGUCCCUCCGUUUUUCAUUUGUUUUAACAUUAAUUGUGUUAACUGUUGGUCUGUCCUUCUUGUUUCUGAAAAAGAUGGAGGUAUGGUCACACGUAGAUGUGCACUCUCACCUCACAAGCAGUCAUCUGAGCAUUACCCAUACAAAACAUUACACUUGCUUUAUAUCAUGUCUUUUCGUCAGUAACAUAUUGUACUUUAAGGCAACUUCCCAGACUUGACCUUUGUGCCUCUUUGUAAUUUGGCGCCUCGUUGUUAAAGUUGCCGUCACAAAGCUUUGGUUCUGUUUUUGGCGACAAUGAUAGCGGAGAGAGAGAGAUAGAGAGGAUGAAAAAAAUAACUGAAGAGAGAGAGAGAGCGCCAACUACCUCUUUAGUCAAUGCCAAAGCUGUCCUAUUUUUCAGGAUCAUAAACAUUCUCUGACGUCCGCUUGAUGGCAGGUUGCUGGGGUGAAGCUAGGCCUGAAUUAAGCCCAGACGCGGCGCUCGCGACGUACGAGUCAGUAUUUAUCACGUUUACUUAGACAAGUCCUCGCAGUCCAGACAUAAAUCGCGUGUUCUUUACCGAGUACAUGCUUCGCUUCCUUCAAGUCUUUGAUUGGCUGUCCUGGGUUCAGCUCUCAGCCUCUCACUGUUCUUUUUUCGCAUGUGACAUCUGUUGACAGAGCUGGCUGCUGUGCCGUGAUAUAGCCUUCGUCGCUGGCUGGGCGUAAAACACCAAUUUCCACCAUCCCCACCCACUUGUCGAAGCAUUUCAACAUAGAAAAACUCUUUGAAAAUAUUAACGUUAAAACCUUGCUAGAAAUCUAUCAUUUUGACCUAAACAAAAAUACACAAAAAAAAACCAAACAAAAAAAAAAAAAAACAAAAACAAAAAAAAACCAGAACCAAAACAAACAACAACAAACAAAAAAAAAAAAAAAAAGAAAAAGAAAAACAACAACAAACAAACAAACAAAAACAAAAAAACAAAAAAAACAACAAAAAAGAAAAGUAAAUCUCUGUCUCAUGCACACGCACUUUUUAUGUGAGAUUUCUCGGGCACGUAUUCGCAGGUAUGUAUAUCAAUCAAUUAAGCCAUGAUUUAUACAUAAAUCUACAAAAAAGUGCAGUAAUUUCUUUUAACAACCGCCGUAAACCUCGAAAUGCCGACCGGGGGCAGCGCGAAGCGGUUGAGGAAAAAGGCUGAAGUCACAAAAGUCAUGAGGCGUGACCAAAAGAGGAGACAGCAGUACAAGACGGCAUUUCUGGGACAGUGCUAGUGUCGUGACGGACAGACAACACACGGUGUGCUGCGUGUACAAUUUGUUCGCAAGAAGGACGAACAGGUAAGCAGUUAAGCAGGUUCUUUCUUUGUACAAAAGUAAUCUUUAUUAUUAAUAACAAUAAAUAAUAAAUGCGCGAGUUGUUUAACGCGUACUCACACUCGUAAGGAGCGUGAUCUUAGCGUUUGAGACAAGAACAAGAUAACGGACAACAUACGCGGGAACGGAAGAAUGAACAACAGUACUGACAACUUAUAGGAAAUGCCAAAAGAAAUCAGGUAACAAGAACUAAGAGUGUCUCGUGAUUCAGCAGAGGACGAUGAGUAGGGAAGUAACAAGAAAGGGAAAAGGUGUGAGUGGUUGAAUAUGGAGUAGCAGUCUGUGAACUGUUGUCAGGAGUAAUGCUCAAGGAAGAGAUGCGUUUUCACUGAAUGCUUAGAAGAUUCGAUGGUGGACAGGUGGGGUAUAUACGAAUACGAAUACGAAUACGACAGGUGGGGUAUAUGGAAGGGAGAGAAUUCCAUAGAAACGACAUAGAAACUAAAAGGUAUGGUCAUCCGACAAAGAUCGCAGUUGUCUGGCUGGGAAGAGAAUUUAAGAGAAAUAGUCAGGGCAGGAGUGGAGCUGUCCAGUCAAGUGUCGUCAGCAUAUGAUUGAUGAGAAACAUAGAGCGGCUGGAUACACGAUGCAAGUGGUUUCGUGAGAUUUCAGAUCAUCGACGAACACCGUCUAGGUUUUAUCAGGGAGAUAAGGACCAUGCUUGUGCCACACAGAAGAAGUUGGUGUCGACAGUUUGUGAUCGAGAUUCCCACGGCAUGUCUAUUCGAGCAUUGUCGGGUUAAAGAUUUGAAUUCUUCAGCAAAAUUUGAGUAGGAUCACUACACAGUGGUACUUUAACACCGUGCCAAUGAUGUAACGAGGCUCACGUGCAAAUGGAGCUGGCCGAGGACUGCAAGAGGAUCGUGUGUCCAGAGAAGGUUAAAGGUCGUCUCCUUUAUCUCCAAAAAUAAGGCGUCCUGUGGACGUCGGUAUCAUUGAUAUAGUACAACAUCUCAUCGUGUGCCAACUUGUCAAUGUAAAGUCAAAGGAAUUCUGCGACAGAACAAUUCACGGGAACAUUUCUCUUUCACGUUCUGCAGAAUCAUAUGAAAAUUAAUUUGUAAUUCCUCCCCCCACCCUCCCACGGGGAAAAUCAACAGAAGGAAAGUUUGAGAACUUGUUUUCUCUCAGCAUUUUUGGGAGCAGUGUAUGUCUCGUCGAAUGAUCCAGACUUUUUCGACAAGUCAACAGUUUCAGCGAACAGAUCCCUUAUACAGCGGAAACGUGUGAAAACUCUGAAGGAAGGAACCGUGGAUUAAAAAAAAAAACAAAACUUUUUUCCAUCUCUUUGCACGGUGUUUGUCAUGAUGACUUGCAAGUCGUGCCGAAAGCUGGAGUGUACUUUCUUCGUCUUCAUCGUGGUGUCCGCCAUGUUUCUGCUUGCCUUGUCCGGCGUGUAUCUUCAAGAAACGAACUUUCACUUCAGGGAGUACCUCAGAGACCGGCGACAAGAAUACAAGAGAGAAGACGACAGAUGGGAACAGACCGAGGAGAGAGGUUCCCAAGUGGAGCGGACGACCUGGAAUGAGGUUACGAGCACUGAUAACCCAGACCUGACAACAGAUCCUCCAUGGCUCAGUGCCUCCUUUCAACAGCUGCAACCUUUUGUGACCAACCAGAGCCACCCGUUCGGCAUCAAUUACGCCAUCGAGAAUCCAGAUGCGUGUGGAAACGACAGUGUGGAUCUUCUGAUCCUAAUCCAGAGUUUGCCGUCCAACUUCAAUCUACGGCGUGCUGUGCGCGAGACGUGGGCCGCCACCAACGUGCUUCACGGGGUGAACAUCCAGCGCGUGUUCCUGCUGGGCAGCACGGACAAGAACGAGAUGCACCAGCUACGCAUCAACAGCGAGCAGGCGGCCCACGGCGACAUCGUGCAGGGGCGCUUUAAGGAUUCCACCACCAACACGACCAUCAAGGCCGUAAUGGGACUGGAGUGGGUAAACCGCCAUUGCCCACAGACCCGCUUCGUGCUGAAGGCCGACGACAACGUCUUCAUCAACAUCUUCGCAGUGAUUGAGCAGGUGCUUGCGGGAUUCGAGUCCAACGCCAUGCGCACCUUCUUGUGCCACACCAUCCCCGCCAACACUUCCGCCAUCGAGAGGAACCCUAAGCGCAAGUGGUACGUGGAGCCGGACUUGCUAAAGGACCGCUUGCACUGGCCAACAUACUGCUUAGGCUACUUUGUGCUGCUGACCCCGGACAUCGUCCCAGCGCUGUACGAGGCUUCUUUCAACGCUACCUACGUCUACGUGGAAGAUGCGUUCGUGUACGGUAUCUUACCGGAAAAGGAAGGUAGCGACAUCUUCUCCUGGCAAGAUCUUCAACAAAAUCUCACUCAGAAUGCCAAUAAUCUGCUUCAGCAGUAUUCCGAUCUGAAACGACCUUUGACCUUUGUGGCAGGACCGGUAAGGAACGAGAACGACAUGAACAAACUGUGGAGGGCCACUCUGGCAAGACUUAGCAUCUGGGCUCAGCAGCGGGCGAGGGUGACGAGAUUUCGUCGGCAGAUGGGGCACGUCACUCUGUGUUCCUGUUCCUGCACCAAAUACGGCCUUCACUUGUGUAUCAUAGUUUGUCUUCUCCUUGCUCCGCCAUUACUGUACUGGAUGACUUUCUUCUUCGACUCGAACAAGCUGAGGGUGGAUCUUGGUGACGUUGAGCUUCCAGGGGUGUACAAGAGUGUCGUUCGUAACCAAGAUGGCAGUCUUGACCUCAUCAUUAACAUCCCGGCAGCCAUGGAGGUCGUGCAGCGGUUGUACGAGCGCCAGGAGAUGGUCAAGAGAAACGCACGUCUGCAACGGGAGUUGAGUGCGGGGGAGUACAAAACCUUCUACCCGCUCACCACCGACUCUCCUUACGUCAUUAGCAGCCCGGACGUGUGUCAGGGGGUGGACCCGUUACACGUGCUGGUGGUGGUACACACGGCGGUUACCAACUUUCAGCGCCGAAACCUGUUACGAGAGACGUGGGCCAACAAGAAUCUGCUGACCAAUCGCACUCUUCGUAUCGCCUUCAUGUUGGGCCUACCGACUGACGUCACCACCCAGGUCAUGGUGGAGAACGAGCAGGCGGUCUACGGCGACAUUGUGCAAGGGCGCUUCAAAGACACAUACCACAAUCUCACUCAUAAAGGCGUGCUGGCGUACCGGUGGAUCCAAGAGUAUUGCCCGCACGCCAAGCUCAUCGUAAAGGUGGAUGACGACAUGUUUGUCAACCCUUUCGUUCUCCACGAGGUCUUCUACAAGGAGCACAGCCAAGCUUCUCGCCGCAUUGUCUGCCACGUUCGUCUCAAAAGCACGUCGUCCAUUUUACGCGGACAGAAUUCGAAGUGGAGGGUUGAGGACUACGAGUUCAGGGGAUAUAACCACUACCCUGUCGACUACUGUAAUGGCUACACGGUGCUCAUCACUCCGGACAUCGUGCGCGCCAUGUUCCAGGCUUCACGCGCCACACCCUUCUUCUGGGUGGACGACGUGUACCUGUACGGCCUGCUGCCGCAGCGGGUGGGCCGCGUGGAGUACGUGGACAUCAAGAGUAACAUGAGCUUGAAGUUCCAGACCGGCCUGGAGUGCUACCAGAAGACUGUCUGCAGCCUGCUGGCCGUCAACGUCCGCAACGAGGGCGACAUGCUGCAGCUGUGGAAGAUGGCGCUGGCACAAGCUAGUCCGCGCAUGCGCGACAUGCUUAACAAGGCUUUCCUCGUGACUGCGUAGGUCACGUGCUCUGGCUGCUUCGGGGCUCGAUCCGUAUCUAAUGAUGAGGGAUUUUUAGGGAGUUUUAUGUCCCUUGCUAAUGGCAGUUGGGUGUAGCAACCAUGCAUGCUAAAUCUGACUUGCGAUCCGGGGGUGGGGAUUAAUACCCCAGCAUGUCUUUGUUGAACAAAACCACUCCAGCAUGGCGAAGGGCAACAUAAGAUAUAAAAGUCUUAAGUCCCUUUUACUGACAUUUCUUGACUUUGUUGUCGAUCAUGCAGCUUCUUCUGAUGUCAGACAUCACAGACAUUAAUGGCAGCACUCUCAAGGCUCUUCCAAAUAAAUUAAAAACGGGGAUGUGUGUGUGCUUCCUAUUAUUUCCCAUUUAUGAUUUGUAUAGCUGUAUGUCUUUAUCUUUUUUUCUGUUUAUCUUUCUUUAUCUUUAUCAGUCAAUCUGCUAUUUGUUCCAGUCAUUUCUCGCCUUCGCCGUGCUGUUACCUUUGUUGUCGGCACGGGGUAAAAAUACAGUGAUGGUUGGGUGUCCUGGGUUCAGCUCUCGUCUUGGACACGUUGUUCUUUCUCUGCAUGUGGCAUCUGUUUACAGGGCUGGCUACCUUCCCGUGAUAUAGCCUUAGUUGCAGGCUCGGUGUAAAACCCCGCCCCCGCCCAAAACGGAAGUUAUUCUGUUAAUUUAUGUUAAGGUAUGACUUCUGAUGUACUACGAUAGUACAAGGACUUCACUGCCAAACUAGAUCUGGAUUUUAUUUGUAUUUUUUUUUUUUAAAUAAGAAAAAAACGUAUUUUUGCCACUAGUUUUCUUUUUUAUUCCGUAACGCCUUUCUGUUUGCUUGCUGAUUCAUUUCAUCUGACCAUCUGGUCAGUCGACACUUUGAGCAGGUGUACUAAUGUAACUUGUCUUAUAAUAUGUCUUGUAAUAUGUGCUGGUCCUGCGAACUGAUGGGGAGUCGAGUAUAAUUAACUUAUUCCUUUUGCAUUAUGGUUCUUUAGUGCUUUGUGUAAAUCCAAGUUUGUUCUAUUCUAACCGUUUGCAUUACUUUCUACAAAGUUUAUAAACUUUAAUUGUUUUGUGAAUUUUAAAUUCAAAGCAAUUAUAUUGUAAAUGUGCAUGUAUAAGCCGAUGGCUUCAAAUGAAAAUAGAACAAAUGUUGGCAAAAGUUUUAACUUCACUGAGGUUGAUGUCAUUAUUUUCCACGCCACUGACAUCGACGUCAGGCACCCUACAAGAGAUAGAAGGGUGAGGGGAAGGGCGGCAGGUCAUGCAGAGACACCCGAACCACAGACACGCUCUAUCAGCAUAUGUGACAUAGUGUACGGACUGUGACAUAGUAUUGCCUUGGCAGGAAUGUGGAGCAGGGGCUGGGAAAAGGAUUGGGAGAAAUUAGACGGGGCUGGGAAUAAGAGUGUCAACAAAAUGUUUAUAAAGACUGGGCUAUGUCUGCAGGACGGAUCACAGCUGGAGGUCAUCUAUCCUAGCGACAGCAACGCCUCCACCGUUCAUCUGCGCAGACAGGUUUAGUUUUGUCACAAAACAUUAUUUGAAAUCACUUUUUCUCGUUCUUGCAGUCGACUGCUAUAGCAGCUCCGUCUACUCACCGACUAAUCAUUUCCCCAGCUUUAUUUUCAUUGGCCCCUCUGCCCCUAGCAACCAAGCAUUCUCAAGAUCACAGGUCAAUGUCCUCUCACUAUCAACCGCUGUCGUCUAGACUACGGCAAUGUUAAAGGCCUAAUCUCCGGUCACUGACUUCCUACGUAGGUCACGCGUAGGAUACGACAAGUAGGGUGAAUAUCUUAAUGGUCCUUAGAGGAUGACAGAUUCAUAAAUAAUCUUGUCUACUAAUUGUCAAGAGCUACUGUCACUUGAAGUCUGACGCACUCCUCGCGAGUGUGGUGGGCGUGUGGGCGGUGUGGGCGGGAUGGAGAAGUUUACUUCACUCCUAGUGGAUUGGAAGGAGCUUGUUCCAGUGAUAGCAAAGUCUUUGGUGUUAGUAGCGCAAGAUACCUAUCGGGAUGCCACACAAUUAAGGGCUAGCGGCAAUGCACACAUAUUUUUUAGAAUUCUUCUUUCAUGUGUGUGUGUGUGAGAGAGAGAGACAACGUAACUGAUGAUGGAAGGUGACGGUACUCAACAUACCUUCUAAACUAUGUUUUUUUUAAAUGGAAUUUUCUUAGCCUCUUCGUUACUAAUCGUUAUCCAAGAUACCUGUCAUCAUCUUGCGAGAAAUAUGCUAGAGCUAGAAAAUUAUUUUAGAUUGAGUGUUUAAAACUUGUAUCGAUAGUCAGUGUCUACACUUCUUUCAAAUCAAUUGAAAGUUUAAAUAAAAAUAAAAUUCUC